AGCGUCCGGUGCGCGUCCGGUGUUGUCGGCGGUGUUCUCAGUCCGUCGGGCAGCGCGUGCCUCGGCGUGGCGCGUGCAAGGAAUGAGAAGAGGGCACUGCUGCUCAGCUCUGAUUGUUUACCCUGAUUCACUUGGCAGGAUUUAUUUUGUGUCUUUUCAUGGAGACUGAUGACCAGCUUGGAAGGAGGCAACUAGCCGAUGGCUUCUGACUCCAUGGUCCCAGCGCAAGUGGAGCAUCGUGGGGUAAAAGGGAAGAGGCAGCACCAGCAGGAAAAGGCCCCUUUGAAUAGUGAUGGCGAAGAAGAAAUAUUUGUAUUUGAAGCAAAUGAAGCAUGGAAGGAUUUUCACAGCUCUCUCCUUCGCUUCUAUGAAGCUGGGGAACUUUUUGAUGUCACGCUGAAGGUUGGGUCAAAGUUGAUUUCCUGUCACAAGCUAGUGCUGGCUUGUGUUAUUCCUUACUUCCGAGCCAUGUUUCUUUCUGAAAUGGCGGAAGCCAAGCAGACAUUAAUUGAGAUCAAAGACUUUGAUGGUGAUGCCAUAGAAGAUUUGGUCAAGUUUGUCUAUUCGUCACGACUGACUCUGACAGUUGACAAUGUCCAGCCCCUCUUAUAUGCUGCUUGCAUUCUCCAGGUGGAGGUAGUGGCCAAAGCUUGCUGUGAGUACAUGAAACUGCACUUCCACCCUUCAAACUGCCUGGCAGUGCGAGCCUUUGCAGAGAGCCAUAACCGCAUUGACUUGAUGGACAUGGCUGAUCGCUAUGCCUGUGAACAUUUUGCUGAGGUUGUGGACUGCGAAGACUUUGUGAGUGUGUCGCCUCAGCACCUGCAUAAACUGUUGUCCUCCAGCGACCUCAGCAUUGAGAGUGAAAAGCAAGUCUACACUGCUGCUAUUAAAUGGCUUCAUGCCAACCCACAGCAUCAUGCCAUGUGGUUAGAUGAAAUACUUGGUCAGGUGCGUCUCCCUCUGUUGCCCAUUUGUUUUCUGAUGGGUGUAGUGGCAAAAGAAGAGAUUGUCAAGCAGAACUUAAAGUGUCGGGACUUGCUGGAUGAAGCAAGAAACUACCACCUACACUUGAGCAGUCAUACAGUACCAGACUUUGAAUAUUCCAUCCGAACUACACCAAGGAAACACACAGCAGGUGUUCUUUUCUGUGUUGGUGGUCGUGGUGGAUCUGGUGACCCAUUUCGCAGCAUUGAAUGCUACUCAAUAAAUACGAACAGCUGGUUUUUUGGCCCUGAAAUGAACAGUAGAAGAAGGCAUGUGGGUGUCAUCUCUGUGGGAGGUAAAGUUUAUGCAGUAGGAGGUCAUGAUGGAAAUGAACAUCUGGGAAGUAUGGAAAUGUUUGAUCCUCUCACAAAUAAGUGGAUGAUGAAAGCAUCUAUGAAUACCAAAAGGAGAGGGAUUGCGCUUGCCUCUCUCGGAGGCCCCAUCUAUGCCAUUGGAGGUCUAGAUGACAACACUUGCUUCAGUGACGUGGAGCGAUACGACAUUGAGUCUGAUCGAUGGAGUGCGGUGGCCCCAAUGAAUACUCCUCGGGGGGGAGUGGGCUCUGUGGCUCUUGUAAACUAUGUCUAUGCUGUUGGUGGGAAUGAUGGUGUAGCUUCCCUUUCCAGUGUGGAGAAAUAUGACCCUCACCUAGAUAAAUGGAUAGAAGUAAAAGAAAUGGGUCAGCGGAGAGCUGGCAAUGGGGUCAGUGAACUCCAUGGCUGCUUAUAUGUAGUAGGUGGCUUUGAUGACAAUUCUCCACUUACCUCGGUUGAAAGAUUUGACCCUCGCUGUAACAAGUGGGAGUAUGUGGCUGAGCUUACAACCCCCAGGGGUGGAGUUGGCAUAGCAACAUUGAUGGGGAAAAUUUUUGCUGUUGGCGGACACAAUGGAAACGCUUAUCUGAAUACUGUGGAAGCUUUUGAUCCCGUGGUGAACAGGUGGGAGCUGGUGGGUUCUGUGUCCCACUGCAGAGCUGGAGCAGGCGUAGCUGUGUGCGCUUGCCUUGGCAGCCAAAUCCGUGAUGUGGGUCAGGGAUCCAGCAAUGUGGUGGAUUGCAUGUGAAUUUGGGUUCGAGUCUGCAGUCUCUCUUAAUAUCGCAAGACUUCAGAAUCCCUAGGAACUUCCCAAAUCAAUAUUUGUAAAAAUUCAAAGGUGCUUUUGUUUGAGAAUCCAAGCAUUUGACAGCUGUUAAAGGCUUGGCAAAUACGGAGCAAGAAGUCCUCGAUGAUUGUUCAGUAGUAGUUCCAUCCUAUAAUUUAACUUUGGGGGGAGGGACAGCUAGGUUGUGCAGAAAUUACUCCUUGUAUAUUUUGGAUGGUUGAGCUUUUCUCGGACCUCUCUCCAAAAUCUUUGUACUUGACUGCUUAAAUCUCUUAAGGAUGUUCUGGUUAAAAGUGACCGCUGUGUUUUAUGAAUCAGCAUGUUGUAUUCUAAUGCUAUGCAAACCUGAACUAGCUCAGUUGACUCUGGCCGAAUGCUCCAUUCUUGGAUCUCCAAACCGUGUGGCGUUUAUAUCCUGCAUGCAUCCUUAGAACAUGACGAGAAGAUUCGCAUCACUGUAACUGGCGAGUAAUCAGGUAGGCGUCUCAGACAAUCAGUCAGCAGUUCACUUAGCGGCUGGCCUGUUUGGAUGUGUGUCUGGCCUUGGAAUGACUCUUCUGAUUUGUUGCACUCCUCAAACCACUUUGCCGGUUCUGCUUUGUGCUUCCAGAGUGACCAGAGAAGUUAUUUGUAUUAAUGACUCCUUGCAGCUGGAUCCUACAGCUCCCUUCCUCCAAGUCUUCCUGUGAAUGAGAGAUACUUUUUUUUUUUGAGGGAGAAGGAUAGAGGCAUGGCUGAAGGGAGGACUCAAAGACUGACCCAACAGGUAGCCAAAAAUUACAACGCUGGAAUUUGUGGCGAUUGUAUUAAAAACCUGUAUAGCAAAUGAAGUGGGAAUUCCCCCCCCCCCCCUAAAAAAACGUUAUUGCCUUGUGUGCCACCAAAUACUGUCACUCUCUUCAAGUCAGAGGAGAACACCUCAGUCAGAUAGUGACUUUGCUCAGAGGUAUAACCUGACACCAUGCAGUUCAGUACAGGACUCCAGGUUCCCUGAGAACAGGCUGUGCUGAGGGAAAUGUGGACCCUCCACCUGUAGCAGUUCAUCUGCACAUCCCUUGGCUUGCUUGCAGAUGGGCUGGCCAGUGUUCUGGAGUGCGACCAGCAGGGACCUUACCCGGUCUAAGGCUGGCUGAAAAGCAUCUUGCUCUAGUGACACUAGCGAGAAACAUCGUUAAAAUAUCCCUGGUGGAUUUCCUUCAGACUAGAAAUAGAACAUCCUUUAAAGCAAAGUAACACUGUGUAUUAGAGAUGAGCUUGCGUGUUUCAAUGUAGCCGGUCCUUGGCCCUUGUGCUCUUCCUUGUUGGAAGCCAUCUGGAUGCCUUUUUGUGUGUGUCCGUGUGUCAGUUUGCAUCGUGCUUUGUGCGUGCAGCUGUGUUAUGUGAGAGUAUGAAUAGCUGUAGCAUAAGAAUAAGCAUUCAGCCCUUGUCCUGGAGGCAAGUGGAAUCUGAAGCAGCAGCCGCUUACAAGGCAAGUAGUGGAAAGACCAUGCUUUCUCUUUAACUGAAAAACAGUGAGGCAUCGUUGCUUGGAAAAGAGGGCCUUGGAAAUGGCUUCAAGCACAGUUGCAGAGGAGAGCUGUAACUGGGGAGCUCUGAAGAUGGCUCUUGUGGGGAAGGCUAACCGAUCCAAAGCUUUGUUCCCCAGCUGUUUGGCAUGGAUGGGUCUGGUGGGUGGCAAGGGUAGCAAGAUGGUGUUUCUUAAAGAAACAGUUACGUCACGGUUCUCUGUAUUCAGCACCAUUGUGUGUCUGUUGUCUGAUCACAAAGCACACGCCACUGCUGUUCGGUACUACACUGCCAUUUUGCAAACCUGUUUUUGUAUUAGUCUGUGGUAUCCAGUGGACAAAAUGCAGAAUGAAGUGGUGAAUUGUGUUGUAUGAAAACUGUAGAACUUUGUAUUAAAAUGCAUUUAUUUA